AUUGGGGUUGAAUUGGCCAAUACGCAUCGUUAGAUUUGUACCGGACAGAAUCGAGCUCACACUCUCCCUCACUACACCACUGUAGCCCAUUGACGCACCCACGAACACAUUUAUACGACGCGCUCUCGCCUUCACUCAAUUAACACCUUCGCCUCCCAGAUUCAAUUGCAACCAUGGGUGCCAAAGACGUCCUCUCCCGCAAGACUGGUGUUAUCGUCGGCGACGAUGUUCUGAAGCUCUUCAACUAUGCCCAGGAGAAGGGCUUCGCCAUUCCGGCCAUCAACGUGACGUCCAGCUCCACGGUCGUCGCAGCUCUAGAGGCAGCGAGAGAUAAGCAAUCUCCCAUCAUCCUGCAGGCCAGCCAAGGCGGUGCCGCCUACUUCGCCGGAAAGGGCGUGGACAACAAGGACCAAACAGCCUCCAUUGCAGGAGCCGUCGCUGCUGCCCACUACAUCCGCUCCGUCGCUCCCGCGUACGGCAUCCCGGUUGUCCUGCACACCGACCACUGCGCAAAGAAGCUUCUGCCAUGGCUCGAUGGCAUGCUCGACGCCGACGAGGCCUACUUCAAGGAGCAUGGCGAGCCGCUUUUCUCAUCCCACAUGAUCGACUUGUCGGAAGACCCGGUCGACUACAACAUCCAAACAACGGCGAAAUACCUAAAGCGCGCGGCGCCGAUGAAGCAAUGGCUGGAGAUGGAGAUUGGCAUCACGGGCGGCGAGGAGGACGGCGUGAAUAACGAGGACGUGGACAACAACUCGCUGUACACGCAGCCCGAAGACAUCUACGAGAUCUACAAGACCCUGUCGCCCAUCAGCCCUUAUUUCUCCAUUGCCGCCGGUUUCGGAAACGUCCAUGGUGUCUACAAGCCCGGAAACGUCAAGCUCCAGCCCGUUCUUUUGCAGAAGCACCAGGCAUACGUCAAGGAGAAGGCUGGAGCCAAGGAGGACAAGCCUGUCUUCCUUGUCUUUCACGGCGGAUCCGGAAGCUCUGUCGAGGACUUCCGGGAGGCUAUCUCAUACGGUGUUGUUAAGGUUAACCUCGAUACUGAUCUCCAAUGGGCGUACCUUACCGGCAUCCGUGACUACGUCCUCAACAAGAAGGACUACUUGGCGUCGCAAGUCGGCAACCCCGACGGCGAUGACAAGCCAAACAAGAAAUACUACGACCCCCGUGUAUGGGUCCGUGAAGGCGAGAAAACCAUGAGCGCACGUGUCAAGAUUGCACUGGACGACUUCUACACUGCUGGACAAUUGUAAAGUAUAGAUAGACAGAUAGAUAGGUGGAUGGGAAGAUUGGCUCUCAGGGAGAUGGUGAUGUGUGCAGCACCGAGUGAAUAUCCGCGUUCUGCUUUAAAAUGAAAUUAGCUGAAUGGGAAAUGGGCUUGAUUGUUCUGUGUAACAUGAAAUAUAGAGUUUCUUGCUCUUCUCUCACUGGCUGGAACUGCAAAGCUUAAUGUGUCCGUAUCCUCUUUCCCUCUUUAUGCAUGUGCAAGAUUAUGGCAUCAUGAAUGAGGUCUUUGUUUAAAAUUAUA